AUGGUCAAAGUCACAAUCUUGGGGUCGGGCGUCACCGGCAUGAUGGCUGCGGCCAAGCUGCCGAGAGAUUAUGACAUCACGGUAGUUGCUGAACACAUGCCAGGCGACUACGACACCAAGGAGUGGGCGAGUCCUUGGGCAGGAGCAAUUUGGGUUGGUGUGCAUCAAUCCAAACCUGAAGAGCAAAAGAUGCAACUGGAAGGGUUUGCUGGGCUGUGGAAGCUCGCCGAGACCAACCCAGAGUCCAGUAUACGCCAGAUCGAGAUGACCGAGAUAAUGGAUCGAGGCUCAAAGUCCGACGUGUGGUACGCAGGAAAAGUGCCUGAGUUCCGAUUUCUCUCAAAGGAUGAGCUUCCCAAGGGUGCAAUCUAUGGAAUGAAGUACAAAACUCUGGUGUUGACGCCCCAAAUAUUUCUACUAUGGCUACAUCAGAGAUUGACGGACAGGGGCGUCAAAUUCAUCCGUACCAAGGUCAAUUCUCUUGCAGACUUGAAGGGACUGAGUCAUGAUGUCCUCAUCAACGCUUCGGGUCUUGGCUCGGAGAAACUGAAGGAUGUUCAGGAGAAGAACCUUGUGCCAAUGAGGUUGCAGUGUGUCGUGGCCAAGGCCGAAAACUAUGAUCGACUCUUUAUUCGGCGUGGCGAGAAUGGUUACUACUCUACUGCUUUCUCCCGCCGAGAUGGCACAGUCUAUGUGGGCGGUGUCUUGAAGGAAGAUUCUCGAGACCUGACUAUCUCCGAGGAGCAGAGGACUAUAAUCUGUCGCAAUGCCCAUCUAAACCAGCCAGAUGUUUUCCCGUCUCCUCAUGCAAAGGACUGGCCCAUUUUGUAUGAUCAUGUUGGCGUCUAUCCCGUUAUGGAUAAAGAAAUCGGCGGCGUCCGCUGUGAGAAGGAAGUUUUGGACGGCCAGCGAGUCAUUCAUGCUUACGGACAAAAUGCUGGAGGAUACGUGUACAGUUUCGGGCUCGCUCGUGCUGUAAUUAAUCUGGUGGACGAAUUUCUCUUUGAGAUUCCUCAGGUUUCUAAGCUCUGA